AUGGCGAGCUUCAGAGUCAGCCACGCUUCUAGGCGCAGCCUUUCGUCCCUCCACAAAAAGCCCCUCCAUUUACCAAGCCCUGUAGCCGCUUUCCCCAGUCAGAGCCUCCUCGACGAAGAAAAAUGCCCAAGAUACAGCCCCAAAUCCUGGUAUCCAGCCAAACCCGGCGAGAUCCUCGCCGAGAAAUACCAGCUGAUGACCAAGAUAGGCUGGGGAUCUGGCUCAACAGUGUGGCUUGCACGCGACAUGGAUCGUUUACGAUGGCAGUCUGAAGAAGCAGUGGCUUUGAAGAUAUUCAACGCGCGAGACUCUGAUUCGGCAAAGUUUGAGCUUGAAGAACUAAUUGCGCGACAAAAUCCGUCUCAUCAGGGAUAUGGCAGUGUGCGCACUUGUUUAGGACAUUUCGAAUUUAACCACGGCGAACAGAAACACGCGUGCCAGAUUUAUCAGCCUUUGCGUGAGACUAUGGACAUAUUUACGAAGCGAUUCCCGGAUUGCAAGCUACCACUCCCGAUUGCAAAAGCUUAUAUUCUUCUCCUCCUCCUGGGGAUUGACUACCUGCAUGCGGAGUGUCGGAUCGUGCAUACAGUACAGAAUGCUGACCUUCAGCUCUCAUUGUCAGACCUCAAACUCACAAAUAUCCUCAUGACCUUUGAGAACGAAAAAGUCCUUCCUCGAUUCAUGCAGGACUAUGUCCUGAACAACCCCAUGGAAUACAAAAUCGACCCCAAGACCAACCGAACCAUCUACCGCAGCAUUGACAGUCUAGGGGAUCUGGAAGUCGAUGAUAUCGCCAACAUGCUACCGAAGAUAGCCGAUUUCGACGCCGCGAUGCUCACAGAGCCUAAUCCUGACCCACAGGAUAAAUCCCAACCUAAAGCCGUCUAUACCUAUCCCAUUCAGUCAGACUACUACCGAGCACCAGAAGUUGUUUGUGGGUAUGGAUGGGAUACAACGGCAGAUAUCUGGAAUUUCGGUGUUCUGAUGUGGAAUAUCAUCGAAGGCACAGAGCUAUUCACCCAGGUUCAAGAUGCUGAACACCGAUACGAUCCCAAAUCACACAUUGGUGAGAUGGUUGGCUUCCUCGGUUCACCGCCAAAGCCGAUAUUGAAGAGGAUGGACGCGUUGGCGCAUGCUUCUUUUGUUGACGAUGGCCCUGUGAGUGUGGAGAACGGGCCCCUGUAUAGUACUCCGCGAGAGCUGUACGGCGGACCGUAUCUCGAUGAAGAAGGCAACUUUCUCUAUGAGGACCUUAUACCCAAGCGCAAACUCGAAGAUACGGUUCCCUCACUGAAGGGCGAAGAGAAAGAGUUGUUCCUUUCAUUCGCGAGGGAGAUGCUGACGUGGGAUCCAUCAGCGAGAAAGACUGCUGCUGAGCUAGCACAGCAUCCCUUCCUGAACUUCGGUGGCUAUGUAGUCAAAAAUCUCGUCUAA